AUGGCAUAUCCCUAUCAACUAGGAUUUCAAGAUGCUACUUCCCCUGUCAUAGAAGAACUUCUGCACUUCCACGACCACACGCUAAUAAUCGUAUUCCUGAUUAGCACAUUAGUACUCUACCUUAUCUCCCUAAUACUGUCCACGAAACUCACCCACACCAAUACAAUAGAUGCUCAAGAAAUUGAAACCAUUUGAACGGUCCUCCCUGCAAUUAUCCUUAUUAUAAUCGCACUCCCAUCACUACGAAUCCUCUACAUAAUAGACGAAAUAAAUAACCCCCUACUAACAGUAAAAACCAUAGGACACCAAUGAUACUGAAGCUAUGAAUACACCGACUACGAGGAACUCAACUUCGAUUCAUACAUAAUCCCCACAACAGAAUUGAAACCCGGAGAACUUCGGCUCCUAGAAGUAGACAACCGAUUAAUUCUCCCAAUAGAGACUCCAAUUCGUAUAUUAAUCUCGUCUGAAGAUGUCCUCCACUCAUGAGCUGUUCCAUCCUUAGGUCUAAAAACAGAUGCAAUUCCAGGCCGACUAAACCAAACAACACUAAUAUCUCUACGACCUGGCCUAUUCUACGGACAGUGCUCAGAAAUCUGCGGAUCAAACCAUAGUUUUAUACCCAUCGUUUUAGAAAUGGUCCCACUAAAAUCAUUCGAAAGCUGAUCUUCAUCAAUGCUAUAA